CAUUUUGAAUUUUUCCAAAAUUUUUGCUACUCGUGCACAUUUUUCAAAAUUUUAAGCAGUUCACGAAUUUGUUCGAUUCCCGAUGGGUUUAUAAUUUUAUCCAAGUCAGUGAUAUUUAUGCUUUAGCUAUUGAAGGUGGUGGGGAUCACUGUGAAAAAUUCUGCAAUACAUCUGUUGCAUUGUAAAAUUACUACUCGUAGUACUUCAUAAUAUUUUAUGAUUACUUAUUAUUAUUAUUAAUUCGGAUCCUAUAACUUUCUCACAGUCAGUAGCUGCCAUUUUGGUUUGCUGUUUACGGGAACUGUCACAUCCGGGAUUUUAUGAAUCAGUCCAUCCAUGGUUCGUUAAUUUUGUUUCGUUGAAAUUGAAAACCAUCUGCACAGCACUCGAAGAUCCCAUUGAGCCGUCCUUCCGUUCGUGCUGGUUUCUUUCCUGAAUUACAAUGAGGGGAACUGAAGCUGUCAUCAACUUUCAUGAUGCUGGUUCCACACAAAGACUUCUGCCCGAUCGCCGAGCCGACGCUUAUUACAGUCCAAGUUUGAAGCGGAAAAUAACAGAGAAAAUCACGGGCUACGUCAGAUUGAUCUUAUCCGAUGCUGGCUCGCGAAAUAUAUUCUUCUUCCUCUGCUUGAAUUUAUCAUUCGCCUUCGUGGAGCUCUUUUACGGGAUUUGGUCGAACAGCUUGGGAUUGAUAUCCGAUUCGUUCCAUAUGUUCUUCGACUGCACGGCUCUGUUGGCUGGAUUAGUUGCUUCCAUUAUCACUAAAUGGAGAGCUACCAACAAAUUCUCCUAUGGUUACGUCCGUGCCGAAACUUUAGCCGGUUUCGUCAAUGGACUGUUUUUAUUAUUUAUUGCGUUUUUUAUCUUUAACGAAGCCAUCGAGAGAUUUGUUGAAACUCCGGAAAUUCAUCAUGAACGUUUAUUACUGGUAUCCGUUGCUGGUUUCAUUGUUAACCUUGUCGGGAUAUUCGUCUUCAAUCACGGCCAUGAUCCGUCUCAAGGAUGUUCGCAUGGACAUUCGCAUGGACCUGGUCAUUCGCACAGCCACAGCGCUCCUGCCGUAUCCUCGCAUAAUCACGACCACGGUGGUAGUUGCUCACACGAUCAUGGACACGAUCAUUCGGGACAUAACCAUUUUCAUUACGGACAUGACCAUCACGACCAUCAGCACGAUCACGCCGGCCAUAGCCAUGGACAUUCGCAUAGUCAUGGAGGGGAUAAGAACGCGCCCCGCAGUCAAAUCAUGCAGGGUGUCUUCUUGCACAUCUUGGCCGAUGCUCUUGGCUCAGUAGGAGUUAUAAUCUCGUCAAUUCUGAUAAAAACAUUCGGUUGGAUGAUUGCUGAUCCCAUAUGCUCAAUGUGCAUAGCUUGUCUUAUUUUUGUUAGCGUGAUACCUUUAUUAAAAGAUUCUAUCUGCAUAUUGAUGCAGAGAACUCCCCAUUCGUUGGACGAUGUCUUGCCCGAAUGUCUUUACAAAGUCGGGUCACUUCCUGGCGUUCUAUCGUGCCAGGAGCCUCAUUUCUGGACGCUGUGCAGUAAUCAUUAUGUUGGCAAUAUAAAACUGGAAGUGUCCACUCAAUCCGAUCCACGUUACAUACUUUCUGCGGCAAAGAAUAUAUUUUUAUCGGCGGGAUUACGAGAUAUGUAUAUCCAGUUGGAGUUUCCUAACAUGUGAAUUGUGUUCUGCAUUCCUAACCGGUGUUUACUAUCUUUCUAAUAUACCGUCAUCGUAGAGGUAUGCUAAAAGUGAAACUAUGGCUUUUCAUGUUUUUACGUUCUCUUUUGUACUCAGGCAAAAUGACUUACGAAAUACGGAUGGAUGGCUUUUAGAUUAAUUUUUGCAAGACUUUUUAUGAGUUUGUUUAUGCUGUGGCGGUCCAUUUUAUAAUAACACUGAUAUUUAUGUAAUACGCAGGCUUUGUGAAGAAGAGCUGUUUGAAGAAAUUUAGAACAAGAAAACCUGACGAGA